GGCAUCCCGCCAUAAGCAAGGCCCGCCUUUCAACAACUUCACACGCUUCUCCGAUCCCACCCUUCGUACGGUUUGUUCCCCAGGCCGACGGUCCUUAGAGCCGCAGUUCGGGGACACCGCGUUUCAGCUAGGCUACCUCACUCAGCAGAACGCGGCUUGGGCUGUGUUUGGCUUUUACAGAUCCGCGUUUGACCCGGUCAAGCUUGUGAAGAACACCGACGACUUGUUGGUGAUCGCCUACCCCUCCUUCAACCCCCGAGAGGAGCUGAGCGCAGUGUACGAACUGUACGACAAAGCGGCUCGACAACGCAACAUGCCCAUCAUCAUCUUCAAUGGCGAGUUGGAUCGCGUAAGAGGCGGUUACUACCCACCCAUCUUCUUUCCGGAAAUAGCCAAGUUUGGUCGAGAGCUGCUUCCGCUCACCACCACCGCCUACUACAUCCACAACUUUAAGGGCAGCAGGCCAGCCACACUGUUCCGCUGCUACCCGGGUCCCUGGCAGCUGCUAGCUCGCAGCCCCCAGGAGGAGCAG